AUGUUGAUGGGAUUUCCCCUGGUGGAAAAGAACAGCACUAGUAAGGUUCUUAAGAAUCCCCCUAGACUGCUUCUUGGUAAUAUCUUGGCUGGCUAUGCCUGUCAUCAGUGUGCCGACAACUUUACCACCAGGGCAAUUUAUUGUUAUAUAAGGCCUGGCCAAGUAUCAUGUAUUAAAUGCACUGGGUGGGCAUUAAAGGACAAGGGAAAGGGGAUAUCAAAGAGGAAGGGGAAGCCCACCAGUAAGGCAAAGUUGACCAGUAAGGUAAAAUUGAUCAAGAAAUUGGUGGAAGAGGAGCUGUCCUACCCAAUAAAGAGAUGUAGGAUAGAGGUGCUUGUUCCCAAACAGUUGGUCAGGGACAGCAUUAUGCAAAACAAAGCCAUUAUACAAGGCAUUGCCUCUGGGAUUCAGUACUGGAUUGUCAUUGCCAAGGGUUUGCAUGCCUUACUGGCAUGUUCAAUUGCAAUGUGGCAGGCUGAGCUAGAGUCACUCAAAGCAUGUUUGGGUCCUAUGAUCUUGGACAUGAUGAUGGUCAAUGAUUCAUUGCAGUUGGAAGGUUCAGAUAUGUCUGAGUCAAGGGAUUUUAUACCUAACAAAUGA